AUGCGUAUGCAACUCCACUUGGAGGAUCACAGCUUAUGUGAUGCUAUUGAGUCAGAGACAAUAGCAAGGAAGAAGGAUUGGCAAGCCCUCUCUGUGAUGCUCGGAGCCAUGUCGGAAGACAUCCAGACACAACUCGACAUCACAAAAAUGAUGAAAGAAACUUGGGAGCUUUUCAAAGCAACGUAUGUGAGAGUGACCCGUCUCACGAAACCAAGACUUCAAGGUCUCAGGCAAGACUUUGAGAUGCUUCAAAUGGGGGAUGAUGAAACUGUGACAGACUUCACUAGAAAACUGUCACGAGUUGUCACUCAAAUCAGAAAUUUGGGUGAAAAGUUGGAGGAAGGUACUAUUGUUGCCAAGCUUCUUUUGAGCAACACUAGGGAGAUUUGAUCCAAUUACGGCGUCUCUCAAACAAUUCAGCGACAUCGACUCCAUGCCAUUUGAAGAAGUAGUGGGAUCUCUUAAGAUCUAUGAAGAGAAGCUCAAGUCUUGUCAGCAGAAAAAGGAAGAACAAGUCCUGUUUUCUCAUGGGACCGAGAAAAUAAAGGGUGGAAAUCCUCAUGGUAGAGGACGUGGCCGAGGUUGAGGGCGUGGCUGAGGAAGAGGAAGAAGCAAUGGGAGAGGCUCGGAUGAAAGUUGGAUGCCAAAUCCACAGUGAAAUGCUAUAACUGUGACAAAAUGGGGCAUUAUGCAUCUGAAUGCUAUGCAGAGAAAAAGGAGGAGAAAGCUCACCUCUCGAAGACCGAAGAAAAGGCUGAGUCAACGCUUCUAAUGGCAACUUUACUACAAGGUGCAAUGGAGACUCAAAUCGAAGAUCAAAUGUGA